UCAGUGGAGCCAUUGGAGCCUUGCGUCGUCUGUGUCGGUAUUCCGGGCGCAGAUUUCAGAUUGUCGCGAAUCUUGUACUUCUGUUAAGUUUAUGGAGUCAAUCUCCUGACCAUAUAAUGUUUUGUGACCAUAGCAGUGGUCUUGACGAAGGGAUUGCUCCCAACGCACCUUGGAUAUCGCGGACAUCACAGAAGAAAUAUUUCUUCUGCGCUGUUGACAGUCUUGUAUAUGUUCUCGAGUAUGGACUGUCAGAGGCGGGAGCCAACUUGUGCCUAAAGCGGUUUGGCACUCUCGGAGUGGUUCAGAGAACGGUCAUCCUCCAGCCUGAGCCGCCCCUAUAUCUGCCCGUGCGUAAUCAUGAAAGGCUAUGGCUGCCCUCUAUACAUGGUAACGAUCGACAAGACUUGCGCUGA